AUGGCGUCGUCGAGACACCACCACCAUGCCGACUCCGACUCCGACAAACCCGACCACUCCCCGACUCGCGACCAAGGAGACGAUCCCUCCCCCUCCUCCCUCGAAGCGCAACACGGAAAGCAAGAGAGCCAACGCCACCGCCUGCCCUUCACCGAAUGGGUCGGCGCGAACGUGACGUGGUCGUGGUUCACCUGCACGCAGUCGACGGGCGGCGCCGCCUCGUUAUUGCACGAAUGUCCGAAGCAAUUCGCGGGCCUCGAGACGCUCGGGAUCAUCAUGUUCAUGCUGCAGAUCGCGCUGUUCCUGGCCUUCAACGCGCUCAUGGUCCUGCGCUGGACGAAACACAAGGGAAGUCUCGCGCGGAGUUUCACCGCCAAGCCCGAGUGUAAUUUCUUCGGCAGCUACUGGCUGUCGCUCGCCACGAUUAUUCUGAACAUGCACCACUACGGCAUGCCGCAUACCGGACCGUGGAUCAUCACCGCCUUGCGCGUCCUCUUCUGGAUCUACGCCGGGAUUUCCCUGACCAGCACGACCGUGCACAUGGCGGUGAUCUUCCGCUGCGUGCGCCAGAGCCAUGUGGAUUUCGCGCCGCCGAUGUUCCUGCUCAUCCUGAACGCCAUGCUGACGGGGACGAUCGCGGCGACGAUCGCGGGCGACCAGCCGGUCGAGGAGCGCGUGCAGAUCAUGGUGGCCGGGGUGGCGUAUCAGGGCCUCGGCUGGCUGGUGUGCAUGUUGCUCCUGACCAUGAUGCUGGGCAACCUGCUCGAGAACGGAUGGCCGGCGCCGGCGCAGCGGCCGGGGCUGUUCAUCAUGGUCGGCACGAGCGGGUUUACGAUUGUGGCGCUGAUCGGGAUCGCUGAGGCCGCGCCGACGGGUUAUGGGUAUUUCGGACAGCAUCCCCUCGCGGGCGAGAUCCUAUUGAUCGUGGCGACGUGGAUCGGCGUCUUUCUUUGGCUGUUCUCGUGUUGGUGGUUCUUCCUCGCGGCGCUCAUCGCGCUGUGGGAUGUGCCCGCCUGGGCGAGGGAGGCCAAUGGCGCGUGGUGGAAGGUCCCCGUGCAUUAUACGAAUACGUGGUGGGCGGUGAUUUUCCCGAACGUCGGUUGGGCGCUGGGCACGGUUUAUCUCGCGAGGGUCUUGGAGAGUCCCGCCAUCGAGUGGGUAUCUGUCGCGAUGAUUAUCGGUGUCGAGGCGAUCUGGGUGAUGAAUAUCGUUUUGAUGUUCAUGACGGUUUUCAGGUCGCUGUUUGUUGACGCUCGGGUUAAACUUGAUUGA